AGCAAAUGCAAGAAGAAGAAGAAGUGUCUCUAUGUGCUCUGUCUGAAUCUGUUAACGGCGUUUUCAGGAACUUUGCAGCUGACUUCUGACUACGUUCCUGAUAAAUUCUUAGUCUUCCUCUCUCUCUCAUAGUCAGAAUUGUUUAGUAUCUCUGUUUUCGGGCAUCGUGUUAGAAUAAUUUGGAUAAGCUUUCUAUCUGUUUGGAAUAGCUUGCCGUUUUGUUAUUGUUGUCCACCACUUGUUCGAUGAAAUGACUGUGUGAAGGUUUUAAUUGCUUUUCGACGGUGUUAUUUGCCUCUCUAUGGAUAACGAAGUUGCAUUUCUUGUCAAAUUUCAAUCCAAAACAAAAAUUUGCAUUUUUGCUUAUGUUAAAUUUUCAGAACCCAGUAAGAUUAUGUUGCGAAAAAUCAGGACUGUUUUAGCUACCUAGAUUAUGUUAGGUAUAUACUAUGAAAGGUUUAAUCUUUGCAUAAAUUUGGUGUGUUAGGCAUUACUUUCUGUGACAUUUGAUCAGAUAUCUAAGAAACAUUGAGAAUUUGGUUGAACACAUUUGUGCCCUGAAGAUGUUUACGAAGCUAUUUCGGUGUAGGACUUACUUAAUUUUCUUUAGUUCACGCGUAAUUCCUUAGGCAUUGGCUCUGUGAGUUAAGGUUUUGAAUAUGUUAGAAGUUGGAUCCGAGGUAAAGACUGCUGUGUGCUUUAGUUCAUCACAUUAUUCAGCAUUAAGGGUCAGAUUUUCAAUUAUGCAUCGCGUCAUUAGAAAGUGAAAAGAUUUUAUACUUUAUGAUUUUGUUAAGCUUCAAUAUACUUGUUUUGUAUCAAAAUGUUCAAAUCUCUUUGUCGUCUGGUAUCUGUUUCAGAUUAUACUCUGAAGUUCUUAGUUAUAUACUUAUAUAUGUAGCGGUUUGGCUUACUCUGUAUGGUAUUGAUUUGUUAAAUACAGUUUAUGGAGCUUCAGAUAGCAGGAGCGUCUCUAAAUCUGCUGUGUCAAAAAGAACCCUCGCCGUAUUGCCUUGCUCGCCAUAGGAGAAAUAAUCCUGAUUUCUCAAGAAACAAUAAGCAUGGUUUCCGAGGCAGAAACAGGCGAAACGAAGAUAAGGAUGGUUUAGUAGAUGGUGGUCUUGAAGACGACAUGUUGUCUUCCAAAAACGAGAAAGAGAUAGUGGAGCUUUUCAAGAAAGUCCAAGUUCAGCUCCGGGCUCGAGCUGCUGCUAAGAAAGAAGAAAAGAAGACUGAAGAAGCUUCUAAAGGACAGGGAGGAAAAGAGAGUGAGACAGUGGACUCCCUUCUUAAGUUACUGAGGAAGCACUCAGGAGAACAAAGCAAGAAACAAGUUAGCAAUUUCAAUUCUGAGAAGCAGCUCCAAAGAGAUGAUGAUGCUUCAGAAAGACAAAAUCACAGUUCCAGUCGUUUCGAUUCGCGAAACAAAGAUCAUAAUGCAACACCCUUUACCAGGCCAGCAUCAAGCUUCAAACGUAAUUCUCCUGUACCGAGACAUAAAUCUCAAGCCAGUUAUUCUAGUGAGGCCAUUUUUGAUGAAGCUUCAAGUUACAGUGUGACUUGGACCCAGAAAAAGGAUCAAGUAGAGUCGCGUGAUGAACCUGAAUACGAGCCUGAGCCUGAGUCUGCAGCUGAGUAUGAUGAACCUGAACCUGAGGCUGAGUAUGAACCUGAAUCUGAACCAGAACUUGCUAUUCUCGAAUCAGUGUCAGAGCUGAAACUAGAGUCGUUUUACCAAGAGGAAGAUGAAGAUGAGGAGGAUCAUAACUUCGUUAUAGAUGAGUUAUCAGAUGAUGACGAGUCUCUCAAUACCGACUACCGAGGAAGAGACUGCGAAAGACGAAGAUUUGAGUGCACUGAAGUUGGUAGAACUUAGAGCCAUAGCAAAAUCAAGAGGACUCAAAGGAAUUUCAAAGAUGAAGAAAGUUGAGCUAGUGACUUUAUUGGGUAGUAGUAAUAAAGCAUGAUGAUCAGAUUUUUAACAUGAGUCAGAUUAAACAUUGCUUGAGUUUUUGAUACAGCUAAUGAAUCUCCAAAUACUCGUUUCAU